AUGUCAAAACCGAUUAAACUUUGUAAUAUAUCAGACUAUGGAAACUUUAUUGACAAAUUCGAUACGUUCUUGCUUGAUUGUGAUGGUGUUUUGUGGAGGGAUAAUGAUGUAAUAUCAGGUAAAAGAAUUUUGUUCGUCACGAACAAUAGUUCAAAAUCUCGUGCUGAUUAUCUUUUAAAAUUCAAGAAAUUGAAUAUUGAAGCAAAUGAG